GUCUGCACUUCUUUUUCCCCUGCAUUGAUUAUGCUCCAAAUCGUCAAAAUUUCAAAAUUUUGACCAUCGCAUCACUCUGUUUUUCCUUGUGUAUUUAUCCUUCUCACCUCUCUGCUUUUCUUUCUUUUCCACCAAGAAUCCCGUGUCUCCCAAUUUUCCCCUCUUUUCUUGAUUUUGUCAUCCCUAAUUUUGCAAUUUGGAGCAUAAUAAGUGUGAUUUGAAAAGUAAAAAUCCUUUCUUUGCUGCUUUUGUUUAUGAUUUCAGCUUGAUUUUAGUUGUAGAGUGUUUUAGAAUAGUGAGGGUUUUGGGGUUCUGUUUUGUAAUUGUAUGUGAAGUGUAAAUGGAAGGAACAAAUGGAAGCUCUGGUUCACCAGCACCAUUUCUGUUGAAAACAUAUGAAAUGGUGGAUGAUUCUCUGACUAAUGCAGUUGUGUCUUGGAGUAGAACAAGCCAUAGUUUUGUGGUUUGGAAUCCACCUGAGUUUGCUAGGGAUUUGUUGCCUAAGUAUUUCAAGCACAACAAUUUUUCCAGCUUUGUCAGACAACUCAAUACUUAUGGCUUUAGAAAGGUCGAUCCGGAUCAGUGGGAGUUCGCGAACGAGGAGUUUAUCCGGGGACAAAGGCAUCUAUUAAAGAACAUCCACAGGCGAAAACCCGUCCACAGCCACUCAGGCAAUGGGAAUGCAGCGCCAGUAACUGACUCGGAGAGAGAGGAGUUUGAGAAGGAGAUUGAGAAGCUGAAGCAAGAGAGAGUCUCCCUCGAGACAGAGGUGGAGAGGUACAGAGAGGAGAAUCGAGGCUACGAGCACGACCUGAGAUCACUGGGGCAGACAUUGCACACCAUUGACCAAAGGCAGCGGCAGCUGUUGGAUAACUUGGCUCUUCUCCUGCAGAGCCCGAAUCCAAUGGACCAGUCCAAAUCCCCGAACAAGAAGAGACGGAUGCUGGCUCUGCACUACUUCAAAGACGAAGCCAUGUUAAUCGAAGACAAUCCCAGCCCUUCAUCUCUCCCACUGUUGGACAUGAAGCAAGUUGAGAAGCUCGACUCGUCUCUAACUUUCUGGGAGAAAUUCGUUCGUGGGAUCGACCAAAUCCCCACAGAUCCCCCGUCCUCGCCUAUGGAGUCUGACAUCAAUGUCAUUAUCCCGGGAUCCCCUUGCUCUGCAUCCUCAGCUUACAUUGAAAGCCCUGCAAUAUCAUCCAUCCGAAUCGAUCCUGCCUCGAGGCCAUCAAGAGUCGACAUCAACAUAAGUCCGGCCAAAAGCCCGGAUGCUAGAUCAGCUGAAGCUCAACUUGGGAGCAACACUUUUCAGUCUGUGCCGGCUAAUGAUGUGUUCUGGCAACAGUUUCUGACGGAGGCUCCCGUGCAGCCGGAGCGAAUAGAGUUGUAUGAUAGGACGACGGAUCCUAGUAGAUUCGCGGAUGAACACAAGCCUUGGUGGAUCGUGGAUGGCCUUAACCAGCACAUGAGACAUCUCACCGAAGCUGAGAGGAUCUGACGCCGUUCUUUUCGCAGUCUGCUUCGUCUUCGAAGAUGCUGUGAUGGUAUAUAUAUUAGAUGAUUCAUGUUGUUUUCUUGUCCUAGAUUUUACAUGUUUUCCUUUUUUUGCUUUGUGUAUCAUUAGACUGCGUAUAUAUAUAUAUAGAUAUAUAUAUAUAUACAGAGAGGUCUGAUCAAAUACAAAUCCCUAUCUAUAAUACAAACUGCAAACUUUGAUCUUA